AUGGGGAUCCGGAAGACCAGAACCACGCCGCAAAGACCCCAGUCCAACGGAGCAGCUGAGUGGCUGAUCCGUACCAUCACCGAACACCUUGCCAUGGUGGUGGCCCACAGUCAAAAGGACUGGGAUUUGCAGGUGCUCUUGGUGCUCCUGAGCCUGCGGGUGGCCCCGCACGCCACUACGGGGGUGUCCCCGUCCAUGAUGAUCGGCCGGCCCCUCAACCUGCCGCCUGGCCUGGCGCGAGGCUACCCGCCCGGGACGCCUGCGCUGCCGUCCCGGCUCGACUACCCUGUCUGGCUGCAGUCCCGGCUGUACAGCAUCCACCACGAGGUCCGGGACUACGCUGGGGCUGCGGCGCUGCGUCAAAAGGUGUGCUACGACGUGCGGGCGAAGCGUCCCACGUUCCAGCCCGAGGACUCCGUGUGGCUGUUCCAGCCCCGGCGCCAGGUCGGGCGCAGCCCCAAACUAGACUGCUGGUGGACCGGGCCCUGGACGGUCCUGUCCGUCAUCAAGGACGUGACCGUCCGCAUCUGGGACCCAGCCAAGCUGCGUUCGCGCCCGCGGACCUUCCAUUCGGACCGGCUGGCGCCCUACAUCGCUGAGCCCUAG